GGAAGUCACCCGGGAACAAGAGGCCCCAUGGGGGGGUCAGGGCUGGAGCCGGAGCAAACCCUGCGAGGGAGCAGGCGACGCGGAGCAGGUGCUUCCCGGAUCCCAGCGCUGCCCCCCCCCCUCCCGCGAUGGCGUCUCCCCGGAUCCUCAGCACCGUCCUGGCCCUGCUCAGCCUCCUGCUCCUCCUGGCCGCCCUGGGCGCCGACCACUGGCUGGUGGCCAACACCCGCCUCGGGUCCCUCCAUGAGGGGCUGUGGAAGAUCUGCCUCAAUUCAGUGUGUGAGCAAAUUUCUUCAGCAUCAGUCUCGUUAAAGGUCACCAGGGCGUUCACGCUGCUGGGCGCGAUCGCUGGGUGUCUCUCCUCCGUCGCUCUCCUCGCCUCGUUCCUGCGCUCCCACCUCGGCUCCUUAGCUCUGACCCUGCUCUCCUUCCUGGGCAGCUUCAGCGCAGGGCUCUGUGCCAUGAUCGCGCUGGCCGUGUACACAGGGGAGUUCACUGGGGACGUGAUUGUCCCAUCAGACCAAGUCACCUUCGGCUGGUCCUUCGGUCUCGGCUGGGCCUCCUUCCCCCUCUUCCUCAUCACUGGUGUGGUGACGAUGGUCGCCCACCAAUCCUCCUAGAGCCGCAUGUGGGGCCCGUGCUGGCCCCGGGGCUGGGGCCGGGAGCCGUGCGGGCCGGACGGAGCCUGCAGCAUCCUGGGACCCAACAGGGGGCAGCGUGUGUGUGUCCGUCUGUCCGUCCCUGCUGGACCCCCCAGCAAUGAGCCCCAACCCUCCCCACCCCCUUGUUCCAUGGAGAUUAGAGAUCCUGUCCUCAAAGACGCCUCUCUGGUGAUUUAUCCCCCCUGACUCCCCUCACGUGUCCCUCAAAGGACUCCGGGGUUCCCUCCCCGGCUGUAGGAGGGGAGUGGGGUCUGGGAGCCAGGACUGCUGCUGGGCAGGGACUGGGACACGGGGCCUUUCCCUGUAGGGGGCGUCAGCUCCCGGGGGUGUGGGGGGGGAGAUCUGGCUGGCUCAGGGUUGAGCAAUGGCCUCGCCCUGCCUAGUUACCCUAAUUACCCCCAGAGCUGUGCAGCCCCCCGAUAAGCCGCCCGGGACGAAGUGGGGGAUUUUCUGGGUUUUGCCAGGGGGUUGCAUGCAGAGCGGGUGGGACUCAGUGUCCCCGGCUGUUACGGGUUUAACGAGGGGAGGGGAGAGGGAGUUGGUGGGUACAAAGGGCCAGCGAGGGAACUUGGGACCCGGCCAAUGGCCUGGAGGAUGGAGACCCCAGCGCCUGGUGAGCGGGAGGCCCAGCUCGGGAGUCACAGCCGGUCUGGGCAGUGGGGGACAAUGGGCUGCGGGGACAGGACCCCGGUGACCUGAGCAGCCGGUUCCAGC